UAUGAAAUCGAACUUUAUCGUAAAAAUUAAACACAAUAUUAGCUACUAUUAUAGAAACGUGAACUGUUCAGGUUUUAUUUGAUUAUCUGUUUGCAAAGUUUGGAUGGUAUCCAGCUGAGUAAAAGACGAAAGUGAUUUUUUUUUGCGUUGUACACCGAGUGAUUCAACCGACUCAACUUUUUUUAUUUAUUAUUGUCGAAAAUAGCGUUCGGUUUAAUGGGUUUAAUGCUUUGAUAGCAGUCAGUGAAUUAUGUGACCCGCAUACCACGUAUCAGACAACGCUGCGAAACAAAGAAUAACAAUUAAAACUUGAGAACAGAAAGUAUUUUGGGUUGAAUUUCUACUUGGUGUUUCGAUCAAUAUAACAAGUGAAGUGUUGAAAUUGUUUACAGUACUAGCUUAGUUUUGGUUUGCUGCAAAAGUCUUAUGAAAUAACACCAAAUACGUAACAUCGUGAGUGUGUACCUGUUCCAAUCAGGAAAGACAAGAGUUCCACUGCAGCCUAGCAGUACAAAAAAACUGCUCCACCAAGUGGUGGUAGGUCACGAUGCUUGGACGUGUUCGCCUUAAAGAAGACGGUAUCAUGGAUGAGGAGUUGCCAACGCUGCUCGAGACGACGUUUCGCUACUUGGCUAAGAACUUGCAUGUGAUUUGCACCGUCGAUGCCGUAACGCAUCAAUUCGAGUUGAAGGACGACACCGUCAUCCCGAAUGAAAUUUGUGAUAGAUUCUUGCGCUACCAGCAGGACUGCGGCCAAGAUAUUAAUGAUCGUUUCAUACAGAUUUUCCGUGAUACGGAAAAGACACCGUUGCGUAACAUUCGGCUGCGAAAUAGUACGAUUACCAAUGAGGGAAUGCGAAUCCUGUUGCGACACAAACUCAACUCUUUAUCAAUGUGGUAUUGCAACAAGAUUACAACUGCCUCGUGGAACAUUCUCAUCGAAAACUGCAAGCAGUUACGUUCGCUAGAGUUGGGUCGCUUUGUCGAUAUGCUGAAACACAGCGAACCGAAUGAGAAGACACCGAUUGAUUUUCAACUGGUUUUACCCCAACUAAGGCAGCUCAUCCUUAACGGAGUUGUUUUGCAACCGUCAAUUCAGUUUGGUCACUUAUCUGAGUUGACUUAUCUGGAUUUAACAGCAUGUAUAUUUGCUGAAUUCAGUUUAAAAGCACUAGUCGAAUUGCCGAAUCUUAAAGCCCUCAUACUUUUCAACGUCUGGCCGUUGGACCACGAGUUCCCAACACUGUGUAAAUUGAAGAAUCUGCAAACCCUAGAUCUGUCGGUAUCCAGAGCCAAUGUUGAUGGAAACUACCUAACCCCUAAUAAGUUGUUGUCGAGUAUAGUGGAAAAUCUACCACUUCUACGACAUCUUGAUAUAUCCGGUACAAAUCUUGCCGGUGAUGGAGUAGCAACAGAGACAAACAACACUACCAAAAGCUCGGAUAUUCCAGGAUUAACUAGUCGUGCGGAUCGGCCUUUGGAUUUUCUUGGGUUGUAUUAUACAGCACAUUCGGCAUGCAAAUGGCAUGAUAUUCCAGCUAUAAAGAUUGCUGGAGAAGCUACGGAAGAACAAAUUCUGGUAGCUGCAUCCGUUUAUCAGGAUCGACACGAACUUCUGACUAAGGUACUAAAUGAUCUCUACCACCUGCUGCGGUUUGAAACCUGCAAGCAAAUUCACAAAGCGUUAGAUGUAGUGUUGUCUGCCAUGGAUAAACAUAUUCGAGUGAAGAAUAUACAGAUCAGCGGAAGUGCCACAUUAUUUUAUAUCGUAAAAGGACGUAACAAGAUUCAGUUUGGUGUUCCGUUGAAAAAUCAUAUUAUUCAUACGCUAUUAAAUGGAAUGUCGACACAUUUGACUGAUGAUACAAUGAUGCGGAAUGGUUGCCUCACCCUGUGUCAAUUUAACAUACCACAGGAUGUGUUAUUCGAAUACGAAAGGUUAGUCCGCAUUUUAUUACAUGGUGUGUCCUACCGCGAACAAGAAGGUUUUGUACAGCGAAUCGCUAUCUAUCUAUUGAAUUCGCUCGCAUGCCAGGUGGACGGAAGUCAAAAAAUGUUUCUUGGAGAUUUGGGUGCCAUAUCGACAAUGCUCAAUCUGAUUAGCGAUCGACUAUCGCGUAAAAUUUUCGACGAUGUGAUGGAGGUUGCUUGGUCCACAAUGUGGAAUGUGACAGACGAAACAGCAAAAAAUUGCGAACGAUUUCUCGACGGUCGUGGAAUGGAGUACUUUUUAGGAUGUUUGAAACUGUUUCCAGAGAAGGACGAUCUUUUGCGCAAUAUGAUGGGUUUGUUGGGAAAUGUUGCAGAAGUGAAGGAUCUGAGACCUCGCCUAAUGACACCGGAAUUUAUAACGGAGUUUGCAGAUUUGCUGGAUUCUUCCAGCGACGGAAUUGAGGUCAGCUACAAUGCCGCUGGUGUGCUGGCGCACAUUGCAUCUGAUGGAGAAGCGGCUUGGACUAUUCCUGUGCCUACCCGUGAUCGUGUUUUGGUACGCAUGGUGGAAGCAAUCGAGCGGUGGGACUUAUCAGCCGAGCGGAACAUAAACUACCGCAGCUUUGAGCCGAUUCUUGGUUUGAUCCGUUGCUAUCAUACCCCCGCUUGCCAGCACUGGGCUGUUUGGGCACUAGCAAAUUUAACCAAAGUUUAUCCCACUAAAUAUUGCCGAUUGGUAGAGCGCGAACGGGGUGUCGAUUUGCUUCAAGCUUUGAUAGAUCAUCCCCAACCGUAUCAUCGACUCAAAGAAUUGGCACAAAUGGUUUUGACGCAUUGCAGAAAUUUCAACGAUCAGAUCGAUCAGUGCCGUAAAAUGGAACUGGAUGGUUAGGAACAUGCGGCAUAUUUAAUUUCAGUAAAAACCGGCAACGGAAGUACAUUGGGUGAGCGCACGUUUACACAUUGUAAAAAUUUUAAGGUCAAACGGACGUUAUUGACGUUGAUUCAAAGGGCUCGAAUCCAAUUACCUAUAAUAAAUUAUUUGGUUUUCGGUACUGAACUGAAUUGGAUAAAAUAGAGAUUUUGCUAACCUAUUUUUAAUUUCUAUAUUUCUACUAGGAGAGUAUAUACUAAAAUAGUAUCAACCAAUUCAUCGUACUCAUACUUCAAUAAUGUCUGAUUUUUCCUUAUUAUUUAAUACUACAUCGUUGACAAGCAAAGCUGUUGUUGGAAAUAGCAUCUUUAGAGUAGGAUGUGUAUGAUACAAUUAUUUAACAUUUUAAAUUAAUCGCAAAACAAACACAAUUAGGCUUCUGUAGGUCUACAUAUGCCGUAAAUUUACAUUGGAUAUAAACAUAAUAACGAUCGUUACAGCUAUGUAGUAUACAAACAGUAUGCAGAACUUUAUUCUAUUUAUCAUAAUGUCUGGCUGCGCCAUCUUUACGAAUAUUUAUAAUAUAUGUUGCAAAAUCAAUACAAAAUUAUACAUGCAAAAAAUGUGCAUACUUGACUAUCGCAUUAUUUCAUCUGAUCAAUGGAAAUAUUCAAGGGCUACAAUUUUUACAAAUUUUAUCAUUUUGAUGUCGACUUAUACUGGUCAAGUUAUUUUAUAGUUUCUUAUGAGGUAGUAAAUGUGUUUUUUGUGAUAAACGUACAUUGUAAGAAUUGGGAAAAAUUAUAUGCAAACUGUGAAAAAUAAUUGACCGUCCAGGUGGGAUUUGAAUUGAGAGUUGUGGGCUCAAAUCCCACCUGGACAGUCAAUUGUUUUUCAGUUUCUAUAUAUUUUUUCCAGUUCUUCCAUUUUUUGUUCUUCAUAAAAAAACAUUUACUCCUUCAUAAAAAAGAUUGAAGGGUUAAUUAUGGUGUUUUAUUUAUGGAAGGCGUUUAGCACGAUGGGCUGAGUUAUUCAUCGUGUAAGGGGCUAUCCAUGUACAAUUUGCGAGCAAAACUAGAACUAUGCUGUAGGCCACUCUGCUUGUAUAUAAACCUAUUCUUUAUAACCUACCUGUUUCACCUGAACAUAUACGAAGCUACGAAUGUAGUUAUUCCCUUGUAAGUACUCCUUUUUCCGAUACAAAGCUGCAGUUCAAGUAAAUUCUUGUAUAAUAUAUUUUACCAUUAGUAAUAAAACAAAGUUCGUUGUAUAAUUUGCAGCAGACCAACUUGACAAUUUAAACAUGUUUCACCAUGUCAUUAGCUGGUCAAACAAAAAUCUUAUUGCGUUGCUUUGCUUAAAAAUCGCAAAACUGACAGAGUAUCUCCAUAGGAGUACUUUACUAAAAAGAAUACGUCAUUGCUUCGUAAUGUUAUGCUGAUGAUAAAAUUUACUUCGGUUUCAUGUAAAUUAUCUGUAUUUUUUAUGAAUCAGAUUGAAAAACUAGUUCUUUUGUCUAAAUGUAUAACAAUUUAAUCGGCAUCGCAAUUGUGAAGAUUAUAAA